AUGUCAGGAGGGAACUUUGUGAUACCUAGGCAAUCAGACCACCAGAGUUGUCUAGAUAAUAAAGGACCUUUCACUACUGGAACAACAAAUGUGACCAUCCUCAGACACGAUGAUGUCAGUCUACCUCCCCAAGAGCGAUUCCAGAUCUUAAGCGCUCUAGGGCAGGACAUCAAAAUCAACAAAAAAUUCUCCAAGGCUUCUUACAUGAGCCUGAGAGACGACUUCUUCAAAAUGGCAGCUGACCUGGAAGAAUGUGGAAAAGAAGAAGCAGCCUUUAUUCUCUAUCAUAAAUUCCUCACGCUCAGUGACAAGAGUGCUGUGUUUGAUGAAGUAAAUGAUAUUAACAUCUCACCAGUCAUGUCCAGCCCUGGAUUUGGUGAAGCAGAACCUAAGGAGAUGCACAGGACUCUGAGGAGCUCAGCGUUUCUGAAAGGGUCAUGGAUUGUUCUUGACUUUUGGGCUGAUGUGAGGGUUGUAGCAGGUGAGCAGCAUCCCUGGGUGCAGUAUCCGUCCAGAUUAUAUUUGGAAAAACUGAACAUUGGCCCAAAACUCCGAAUAAAAGAUGCCCAUGGUAGAAGAUCGAACUUCAUCAAGAUUCUAAACAUCGUUUUUGACAGGGCUGAGACUCUAAAGAGGAAACUCCUAAACAAAUAUAAUAGAGAAUAUGAAAAACAUCUAAUGGAGAUGAAGAAUAAAGAAGAGGAAGCACCAGAGUGGGCAGUCUUCUGGGAGGACAUAAAUUCCGAAUAUUCCACUUCUUGCACUAUUCCGUUUGAUCCAUUGUAUGGACCUAAAGAAAACAAAAGUGGAGAAGUGGGACCUGGUAUAACAUCAAAAACAAAGGAAGCUCAACCUUCCUCAGUACCAACUGAAACCUCCAGCCCACCACAGCAGUGUUCAACAGAGGAGAUCUUGAAGGUCAUCUCCCCAAGCACAUCAACAUCUGCGGAGCAGCCUGGGAAAAAUGACACAGACGAAAGCACAGUUCAGAAAGGCAGAAGUCUACAUCCUGUUAUCCUCCCUCACAAUUUAUGUGAGAAAUUUCUAAAAUCUGCAAGGAAGAACACUAAGAAGAAAAUUGAGACCUGUGGUGUUUUGUGCGGAUCCAUGGUAGGAGAGGAGUACCAUAUCACGCACAUAGUCAUACCACUCCAGGAAGGAGGCCCUGAUUAUUGCUACGCCACCAAUGAAGAGGAACUGUUUUUUAUCCAAGAAGAACUGGGGCUUCUCACCUUAGGGUGGAUUCAUACCCAUCCAACCCAGAGAGCAUUCUUAUCAAGUGUGGACCUACACACCCACUUUUGCUACCAGCAGAUGCUGCCUGAGUCCAUCGCAAUUGUGUGUGCCCCCAAAUACAAAGAGACUGGAAUUUUCUCACUGACACCUACUGGGAUAAAUGAAAUUUCCUGCUGCUCCAUGAGGGGGUUCCAUCCUCAUAGAGACGACACUCCUCUCUUCUGUGACUGUGGCCAUGUCACAACCCGGAACACCAAAGUGAUGAUCACUGAUUUACGAUGA